UGUUACGAGUAUACUCUACACCAGAUUGACAAGUGUUACGAGUAUACUCUACACCAGAUUGACAAGUGUUACGAGUAUACUCUACACCAGAUUGACAAGUGUUACGAGUAUACUCUACACCAGAUUGACAAGUGUUACGAGUAUACUCUACACCAGAUUGACAAGUGUUACGAGUAUACUCUACACCAGAUUGACAAGUGUUACGAGUAUACUCUACACCAGAUUGACAAGUGUUACGAGUAUACUCUACACCAGUUUGACAAGUGUUACGAGUAUACUCUACACCAGUUUGACAAGUGUUACGAGUAUACUCUACACCAGAUUGACAAGUGUUACGAGUAUACUCUACACCAGUUUGACAAGUGUUACGAGUAUACUCUACACCAGAUUGACAAGUGGUACGAGUAUACUCUACACCAGAUUGACAAGUGUUACGAGUAUACUCUACACCAGUUUGACAAGUGUUACGAGUAUACUCUACACCAGUUUGACAAGUGUUACGAGUAUACUCUACACCAGAUUGACAAGUGGUACGAGUAUACUCUACACCAGAUUGACAAAUGUUACGAGUAUACUCUACACCAGUUUGACAAGUGUUACGAGUAUACUCUACACCAGUUUGACAAGUGGUAUGAGUAUACUCUACACCAGUUUGACAAGUGGUACGAGUAUACUCUACACCAGAUUGACAAGUGUUACGAGUAUACUCUACACCAGUUUGACAAGUGGUACGAGUAUACUCUACACCAGAUUGACAAGUGUUACGAGUAUACUCUACACCAGUCCAUUACUCUGGUAUAUGACGGUGCCAGAGAGAUCCUCACCAGCAGGUCACUCACAUCACUUUGUUCUCUUUGGUAA